AUGUUUGUUUUGGUUGACGUGUUGGUAUCCCCUGUAUUUAAAGUAAUAUUUGGGAUUUUGGACCUUGAAAAUUAAAGAUUGCGAUUGCUGGUAUUAUAUAAUGUGCUGCAGUAGGAUUUUUAUUGAAUCAAAAUAUUCUGGCCCAUAGCAUGGUAUGUACCAACUUGGAAGUUUACAGGGGUGAGGGCCAUCAUAUAGGUUUAUGGCAUGUGUGCAUUCAGUGUCGGUCUGUGUCAGGGGUGGACCACAGGAGUGAGUUCUGGAGGGAUUUUUCACAUCUCAGUGCUUCCAUUUCAUGGAAGACACUUGGUGGGGACUGGGGAGCAAUGUAGUGGUGUGGCUUGUGUACCACUAUUCAGCUUGCUGCACCAUGCAUUCUUUCCAGUUUCCACUCACCCAUGUCCUCUCUUUCAAGACUCAUGAAUGUAAAUCACUCUCAGAUAGAUCUUUUGAGUCAGUGCAUGUAUUUGUGCCAGCCUUAAGCUUAUCCCGCUGUGCCAUGGUUGAUGGAUUUGAUGCAAGUUUACCGGACCUUUGAGCUUUGAUGCUGCUACGUGCCUUGCCUGAUCCUGCUGCUUGCUGAUUGCCUGCCUGGUUUUGCCCCUUUAUGGGUGAGUAGUGGCAGUUGCCUGAACCUGGUUUUAAUGCUCCCACUCUUUUAUAUAUUCACCCAUUCGUAUUACAUUUUAUAAUUGUGUCAUGUGUGCCAAUGUAUUUACUGUGUUAUAUUUUAUUAUGUUACAUACUUCAUACUUGUAUAUCUGUCGCUUGCUCUCCUGUUCUGCACUAAAGCCAAUUCCCGCAUUUUGUUCACUUGUAGGGCAUCAAGAGUUGAGUCUAGAAAAACCUGGGAAUUAAACUGAAUCCAAGGGCACCCUUCACCAUGACUCCAGUGCAGCAAGUGAAAUUGGAUUGCUCCUUGUGGCGGGCUGUUGACAAGCAUUGAGAGAACGGUGAUUCAUUUGAGUAACCUGCCUCAACCUUAGUGGAGCGCACAGAGAAGUUACUUGCUGGCCCACUGGGUGGACACUUUAGCCAGCCGUAGGAGUGCUUUCCAUUUAUAUGGUACCCCAGUGCACCCCCAAGCGGGAUUUCUCAAUGUAACUAAUUAAUGGUUACAUUGUCCCGGAUUAUUGUGCCAGUGCAAAUAUGUUUUUAUUGUGAUGUUCUAGUAAAAACAAUCAAUUUUAGAUGGUAAUUGGGAAUUGAUUUUAUUGCCUGAUCAUGCGUUUGCCAUUUGUAUCUUGUGUGAUGUCAGCCCAUGUGGGUGACCUUGGUUAACCAGUUCUUUUGUUUUAGUGAUUAGGACUUGCGAUUUGCUAGUUGCAACAAGGACUGAGGGCCUGGUGAUUUCACGAGAUUUCUGCUGUGUUUUACAGUGCAAGCUCCACCUGCUAGUGUGCCUUGCUGCUUCCAUACCAUCAUAACACUACUAACCCCAUUACUAACGGUUGGCUAACUACCAUGGUGAUUGGUGGCCAAGUAAACAUCACAAUGAUGCUCCUAAUAAGGCUAUGAUUGUCAAGGAUAUGAAAAUCUCUCUUAAUCUGGUGAAAUUUUCAGUUGCAUUUACACAUAAAUUUCAUAAACCAAUUUCAUCUGGUCUGCAACAUUUUGAUUUAAAGAAGGUUGGCCAAUCUUUUUUUGCAUGUGACAGACAGUGAGAUAAUUACAUAUGAUUGAUGUUUAUUGAAGAUAUUUUUUUAUAAAAUGGAACAAGAUGGUGCAAAUUAUUAUCAAGUUAUUAUACUUGGCGCUGGAGUUGCUGGUCUGAGUGCAGCCAAUUCAUUGCUACAAAGUCAGAUCACAAAUUUUAUCAUUUUGGAGGCUCGCAACAGAAUUGGUGGCAGAGUUGUUGCCAUUGAUGUUGAGGGCUGUCACUUAGAGCUUGGAGCCAGCUGGAUCCAUGGAGUUCUUGGGAAUCCAAUCUAUGAGCUUGCGUCUGCAAAUGGAUUAGUUCCUAUAGUUCAAAAUUGCCAGGCACACACUGUGCUAGCUGCUUGUGAAGAUGGAUCAAAACUUCCAUUUCCCAUUCUGCAAGAGAUGUACGAUGUUUACAGCGUGUUUCUGAAGCGGUGUGAGGAGUACUUCUUAUGUCAGUACCUGCCUCCUGACGGCGUGAAGAGUGUUGGGGAGCAUCUGCUACUCGAGCGUCAGUUGUACCUUGACUCCCUGCCUCCAGAGCAACGACAUGAGCGUGGACUCGUUUUCGAUUAUUUGAUGCGCCGUGAGACGUGCAUAACCGGCGUGAACAACCUCAAUGACUUGGACUUGAUGGAGAUAGGCAGCUACACUGAACUGCCUGGAGGCAACAUAAGUCUUCCUACUGGCUACACAAGUAUCCUUAAACCUCUCACUGUAAAUAUUCCUGCUGAAAAAAUAUUGAAAGAGCAUUCUGUUAGUGUGGUAAGAUGGAGCUUGCCUGGUGACUGUGGUAGAUUGACGAACUUGGGAGCUGAUGAAGAAAUAGCUACUGAUUCAAGCACUACUUCAAAUCCUAAAGUCAAAAUCUCGUGCGAAAAUGGAAAGGAGUUCUUGUGCGAUACUGUGAUAUGUACUUUUCCUUUAGGUGUCUUGAAAAAUUCCGCUGCCACUCUGUUUCAGCCACCUCUUCCAGACUCUAUUUCGAAUGCCUUAACAAAACUCUCUUUUGGAACCGUUGACAAGAUUUUUUUGGAAUAUGAUAGACCAUUUUUAAGUCCUGGGCUGCAGGAGUUAAUUCUCUUAUGGGAGCCGUGUGAUGAGACUAGUGAAAUGACCGACAGAUGGUACCGAAAAAUUUAUUCAUUCACCAAAGUCACAGAAACUCUCCUACUAGCUUGGAUCUCUGGUGACGAAGCAAAGUACAUGGAAACACUACCGUUUGAUACGGUCCUGGAGAAAUGUACCGAGAUUCUCAGACAAUUCCUCGGUGAUCCUUGUGUGCCGAGAGCCAAGAGAUGCAUAUGCACGAGCUGGUGGUCGCAGACGUACACCCGGGGCUCGUACACGGCCAUUGGUGUGGGCGGCUCCCAGCGCGACAUCGUCACCCUAGCCUCCCCCGUCUGGGCCGGACCGCAGCGUGGUCCGCCUGCGCUGCUGCUGGCGGGCGAGCACUGCCACCCCAGCUUCUACUCGACCGUGCACGGCGCCUACCUCAGCGGCAGAGACGCUGCUCAGCUCCUCUGCAAACUGCCUGACUUCAGCCCUGAAAUAACUCUCACCGUCGAGGGCACUGCUGAUUUGUCCUCCUGGAUUCACGGCAUCAGUCUUCAUUAAAGUCAAUUUCUAUGCAGUCGGUGUCUGGCAGAUAGUGCUGAACUACAUACUAGUCGACAUUCCAGUCAAACUCACGUGAAUAAUUUAUUUAAGAAAUUAUUUUCCUCUGAUCUUUUAUAGCUUCAAUGUAAAUGCAACAAUUUUUUGGGCAAGCGUUGGCGUCCCUAUGCAUGGAAGCAAACAUGACUGCUUCCAACAACCUUCCACUAUUGUGAUCAAGUGCAGUCAGAACCUGUUGCUCGCAGAGGGCGUAACCGGUAAUUUAGUAUAAAUAACUUGGGCAGCGUUUUUUUAUCUCUAAAAAACUUAGUUAUUCGGUUAAGAUACCAAUUUUUAUUUAGAUAAUUAUCAUCUCAUAACUUGCGUUCAGCUU